GCUCCCACCUCUCACCCAGGCUGAGAGUAGCUGCCGUUUCUGAGAGGACGAUUCGUAAGGAGGCCCCCGGUGCGGUUUCCCUUUGCUCUCCCCUCUGCGGGGCCUGGCCGUACUUCAGCGGUGUCUAGAGCGUGGUCCGUUCUCGUCUACCUACCUGACUUUCUUCAGCGGUAACUGUGGUUGGCCCAGUAGUCGGCUGUCGAAAGUGCCGGCCCUGGCGCCGGCGCCGGCCGCAGCCGGGUGGGAAGGCUCAAGAUGGCGUGCCUGUUGGAGACCCCAAUCCGCAUGAGCGUCCUUUCGGAAGUAACAGCUAGCAGUCGCCACUAUGUUGACAGGCUAUUUGACCCUGAUCCCCAGAAAGUUCUACAAGGUGUCAUAGACAUGAAAAAUGCUGUAAUUGGAAACAACAAGCAGAAAGCCAACCUCAUUGUUCUAGGAGCUGUUCCGAGAUUAUUGUACUUGCUUCAGCAAGAAACCUCAAGCACAGAGUUGAAAACCGAAUGUGCAGUGGUAUUGGGAAGUCUUGCUAUGGGUACUGAAAACAAUGUUAAGUCUCUACUCGAUUGCCAUAUUAUCCCUGCCUUACUGCAAGGACUACUGUCCCCAGACCUGAAGUUCAUUGAAGCUUGCCUCCGAUGCCUGCGCACCAUCUUCACCAGUCCCGUUACUCCAGAGGAACUACUGUAUACAGAUGCCACAGUGAUACCGCAUCUCAUGGCGCUGCUUAGCAGGUCCCGCUAUACCCAGGAGUACAUCUGUCAGAUCUUCUCACACUGCUGUAAAGGUCCAGAUCAUCAAACAAUUUUAUUUAAUCAUGGUGCAGUUCAGAAUAUUGCUCACCUACUAACCUCAGUAUCUUACAAAGUUCGAAUGCAGGCACUGAAAUGCUUCUCAGUUUUAGCUUUUGAAAACCCCCAGGUAUCGAUGACCCUGGUAAAUGUUUUGGUUGAUGGAGAAUUGUUACCACAAAUUUUUGUGAAGAUGUUACAGAGGGAUAAGCCCAUUGAAAUGCAGCUCACAUCAGCAAAAUGUUUAACUUACAUGUGUAGAGCUGGAGCAAUUCGGACAGAUGACAACUGUAUUGUAUUAAAGACAUUGCCUUGUUUGGUUCGAAUGUGCAGUAAGGAGAGGUUACUAGAGGAGAGAGUUGAAGGAGCUGAGACACUCGCCUAUCUGAUUGAACCAGAUGUUGAGCUACAGAGAAUUGCUAGCAUUACUGAUCACCUCAUUGCCAUGCUUGCUGAUUAUUUCAAGUAUCCCAGCUCUGUGAGUGCCAUCACUGAUAUUAAAAGGCUUGAUCAUGACUUAAAGCAUGCUCACGAACUUCGCCAGGCUGCAUUCAAGCUCUAUGCCUCUCUCGGAGCAAACGAUGAAGACAUCCGGAAGAAGAUCAUUGAGACUGAAAAUAUGAUGGACCGAAUUGUGACUGGCUUGUCUGAGUCUAGUGUCAAGGUGCGGUUAGCUGCCGUCAGAUGUUUGCACAGUUUAUCUAGAUCUGUGCAGCAGCUUCGAACCAGUUUCCAGGAUCACGCCGUGUGGAAACCUUUAAUGAAGGUUUUACAAAAUGCACCAGAUGAAAUCCUAGUAGUAGCGUCUUCCAUGUUAUGUAAUCUUCUUCUUGAAUUUUCUCCAAGUAAAGAGCCAAUUUUAGAAUCGGGAGCUGUAGAGCUACUUUGUGGAUUAACCCAAAGUGAAAAUCCUGCUUUACGAGUGAAUGGAAUUUGGGCUUUAAUGAAUAUGGCAUUUCAGGCUGAACAAAAAAUAAAAGCAGAUAUUUUACGAAGCUUGAGUACUGAACAGCUAUUCCGGUUAUUAUCAGAUUCAGAUUUGAAUGUGCUGAUGAAGACAUUGGGCCUUCUUAGAAAUCUCCUCUCUACUCGCCCACACAUAGAUAAAAUAAUGAGUACCCAUGGAAAGCAAAUUAUGCAAGCUGUCACCCUUAUUUUGGAAGGGGAACAUAACAUUGAGGUCAAAGAGCAGACACUGUGCAUCCUAGCCAACAUAGCAGAUGGGACAACGGCAAAAGAACUUAUUAUGACCAAUGAUGACAUCCUGCAGAAAAUCAAGUAUUACAUGGGUCAUUCACAUGUCAAAUUGCAGCUUGCUGCUAUGUUUUGUAUAUCAAACCUCAUAUGGAAUGAAGAGGAAGGCUCACAAGAACGCCAGGAUAAAUUACGAGACAUGGGCAUCGUAGAUAUUCUGCACAAACUGAGUCAGUCACCAGAUUCAAAUCUUUGUGACAAGGCAAAGAUGGCACUGCAGCAGUACCUGGCGUGAUGGGAACGCCCUGGGCGCCUGCGAGCAUCCCACAUCCUUGUUAAAGGAAGUACAGGAACUAGCCUCAUUUGAUUCCUUCUAUUUGCACAAGUCACCUUGGACUGCAGGGAGCUGUUUUGCAAAAGCAAUUUGGUAGGCUUAGAUCUCAAAUUCACCUUGAGAACAUUUUUUUGAGGUAGUAAUUUCCUCAGAGGACUGUUGUGUUUUGUUUUGUUUCUUUCUGAGCUACCUGGACUCUUUAUUAGAACAAUCAAUUAUUUUCCUUUGGACCUACAAUUUUUUGCCUAUGCUGCAGCCACUUUGUGAGUGAGAAUGGCUGUGUGUGCGUGUGUGUGUGCGUGUGUGUGCGCGUGCGUGCACGUGGGUCAGGAUGAAUGGACGUGUGUGUGUGAGGGAUACCUCAAAGUUUUCUUUUCUUAUUUUGUGUGAAAAUCUCUUUUCUACAGAUUUUCCAGGGUUUAAGCAUUGCUUGCUGUAUAAAAAUCUUUACUGAAUUAUAUACAGUUUGAAUGAAAUGUUAUUUUAAAAACAAAACGAUUGUUAAGUGUUCCAUAAAGGUUAUGUUGGAUUUUGGUCAGAUGAAUAUUUGUAAGUAAAAAAUAUAUGCAUUUCUGAACCUCAACUUACAUAGAUUUUCUUUAUAAAAAACAAAAAAAGAAAAAAAACGAAAAGGUUGGCUAUAGUUGGCCUGAAUAACAGGCACGAUAUAUGGUGCUGUGCAAAAUAGUAAGCUAGCAUCUUAUACUGCUGUCAAUAUCAGCAGGUACAGAGCCUCUUUUCAGCCUAAUUCAGUAAGCUCUCAGGCUUCCAAGUCAGAUGGACAGGGUGGAGUGGAGUGAGGCGACAAAUACACCAUAGGUUUUUUGAAACAUCAAAGGGAAGUAUAACUACUGAUAGUGAAAGCCCAGCCAUGACUGGUGGGCUAUGCUUGGCAGGAACUGGGCACCGGGAGCCUCCCCGCUGCCCUAAAUCCUGUCACUGGUAUAGCAGUAUAUGGCAGGAUUUAGAACCAGUCAUGGAACCUUAAGCUCCAACUAAAGUAGGUCAUCACUUCGUGGAAACAAAGUCCGAUCACCUUGUGCUUCCUGAAACAGCAUAUAUCACUGUGAAACUAAAGAACGUCCUACAGACGCAUCUGUAGGAAGAAGCAAAGAACAGGAUAGUUUAGAAAGCUGUUUUUCUCUUGGCUAUACUCAGCAAAUUCUAUAUACUUGUCACUCAGGACUGCUAUUCAGUGUGCUUUUGUAAAAUGAGAUGGAAAUUUUAGUAAGCGACGCGGCUAAGAUUUUUUCCUGCAUGAAGCCCAAAGCACUGACGUUUGAGAGAAGGGAAGGGGGUCUCCCCAGGAGGACCGCAGUUGACCGCCUUUUCCAGCCACUACUGCUUAGCCCUUCGGCAGCCCUCAGCUUGGCACACGCUCCAACUUCUGGGUCCGCUUCAAGGUGAACUCAAGGAGGUUGCUCUUGACUGUUUAAAGGUACAACCAGCCUCGCUUUUCCCUUUGCUCUGCGAAGUUCAAAGGCAUCGCGGCCAGGAAGCGAGGUCUGCGGCCCAGAAGCUUGCCCUGAGUGCGUGCACCCGACGGGUUCCCCAGCCCACCAGCCGCUCCUGACGGGGCACCCCAUCACCAACCUGCUCCUUCCCUGGAAGAGUUAAAUAUGUUUGAUUGCAAAUGAAUGUUUUUAAAGUGUAUUUAAUGCCGUUUUUUUCUGUUCUCAACACGACCACCCAAGAUUCAAACACA